CUGCGCUUCUCAGACGAAACCAUUACUGGAAUGCUGGACACUGAUUCCCCUGCCAUGGAGAGCAACGGGGAUGCUUUUCUUCCUGACCUUCCUGUUCUAGGCCAAGCUGCUGACUGGUCCCUGGACCAGGUGGCUCCAGAACCACUCACCAACAUCUUGCCUGAGGACUCAGAUGCGUCCCAGGAUGCUUCAGGGCUUCAGCAGCAACCAAACCAGCAGAUGAAUUCCACAGAGCUGGGAUCUGUGGAGAAGGCUGUGGAGCACUUUCAACUUGCCAGUGCUCAGCUCUUCCGAGAAGAGGAGCCACCACAGCCCGCUGAAGAAGCAGAGCAGCCAUCAGAGCACAACACAGAGUCUGUGGACUCUCAGCAACACAGCCAGGAGAUGAGUUUAGAGCCACAGGUUGCUGGACAGGAUGGCAGUCAAGAUGAAACUGAAGCGCCACAGGUGACGGAGGAUGGCAUGGAGCUGGAAGAACCAUCCAAAGAGACAUCAGAAGAACUGGCUGUUCCUACGGAGCCACAGCUGCCCAGCGAGUUUGAAAAACUCUUUAAAGGCUGUGAGGAGAACCCAGAAGACUUCAAUGGUUGGGUCUACUUGCUGCAGUAUGUGGAGCAAGAGAAUGUCCUUACAGCUGUGAGAAAGGCAUUUGAUGUUUUCUUCCUCCGCUAUCCCUACUGCUAUGGCUACUGGAAGAAGUAUGCUGAUAUAGAGAAAAAGCAUGGCAAUGUACAGGUCGCAGAGGAGGUAUACAGAAGAGGCUUACAGGCCAUCCCUCUCAGUGUGGACUUGUGGCUGCACUACCUGACCUUCAUCAAAGAGAACUCCGACCUCACUGACCCAGAGACUGAGGGGCGCAUUCGAGGUGCCUAUGAACAUUCAGUGCUUGCGGCAGGCACAGACUUUCGCUCAGACCGUCUGUGGGAGUCCUACAUCAACUGGGAGACAGAGCAGCAGAAGCUGGCUAACGUCACCGCCAUCUAUGAUCGCAUCUUGGGCAUCCCAACCCAGCUAUAUUCCCAGCACUUCCAGAGGUUCAAAGAACAUGUGCAGAACAACAACCCCAAACACUUCUUGUCCGAGGAGGAGUUUGUUCAGCUCAGGAUUGAGCUCUCUAAAGCCAGUCUAGCGGCGAUGGUCGGCAGUGAUGGAGACACACCUGCUGCAGAGGAGGAGCUACCACCUGGUACAGAGGAUCUUGCGGAUCCUGCUAAGAGAGUGACAGAGAUCGAGAAUAUGCGCCACAAAGUGAUCGAGGUUCGGCAGGAGGUGUUCAACCACAACGAACAUGAAGUCAGCAAGCGCUGGGCCUUUGAGGAAGGGAUCAAGAGACCAUACUUCCAUGUCAAAGCCUUAGAGAAGACCCAGCUGACCAACUGGAAGGAGUACCUGGACUUUGAGAUUGAAAAUGGGACUCCGGAGCGCGUGGUCGUUCUUUUUGAACGAUGCCUCAUCGCCUGUGCCCUCUACGAAGAGUUCUGGACCAAGGUAAUGUCAUCGUUGACCUCUCUCGCACUCCCGCUACCUCCCUGCACUUCCCCCAUCAACGAUGAUAAUCACAUCGACACAGUAAAUCGUCCUGCACUCUCUUUGCGUGUAACGUUGAUAUGUGACUGUAUCUGUUGUAUUAGGGGAUGGCCAGCUUGCCACACAAGAUAUGACUGCAGCAUUUGCCAACUACUACGUUGCAUCUUCUUCGUCUCCCACUACCUUACAGAAACUUAUCUAAUUGGUUCCAUGAAGUAUGCAAAAUAUCUAGAGAGCUACAGCACUGACGGUGUGAGACAUGUCUACAAGAAGGCGUGUACCACUCAUCUGCCCAAGAAACCAGCCAUCCACCUGCUGUGGGCAGCCUUUGAGGAGCAGCAAGGCAACGUCGAGGAGGCUCGUGGCAUCCUGAAGUCCCUGGAAGCAGCAGUCCCGGGUCUGGCCAUGGUGCGCCUUCGUAGGGUCAGUUUGGAGCGUCGCCACGGUAACUUGGAGGAGGCAGAGGCACUGCUGAGGGAGGCCAUGGAGUCUGCAAAGAAUGCUACUGAGACAUCAUUCUAUGCUGUGAAGCUGGCAAGGCAGCUGAUGAAGGUGCAGAGAAGCCUGAGCAAAGCCAGGAAGGUGCUGCUGGAUGCCAUUGAAAAAGACCAGUCGAGUCCAAAGCUGUAUUUAAACCUGCUUGAGCUGGAAUACAGUGGGGAUGUGACGCAGAAUGAGGCAGAGAUUGUGGCUUGUUUCGACCGAGCCCUACAGAGCCCAAUGCCGCUUGAAUCUCGUCUGCUCUUCUCCCAGCGCAAGGUCGAGUUCCUUGAGGACUUUGGCACUGACAUCAACGUGCUUGUGGCUGCAUAUGAGGAACAGCAGAAACUGCAGAAAGAAAGCGAGCCCACAAAGAGGAAAGCUGAGAACGGGUAUGACAGUUCUCAGGAACCUGAUGCCAAAAGACAGCGUGUGGAUGACGGUUCUUCUGCUGCAGCAAACACAAUGACAGACAUGCAGGCAAACAACUCUGCAUACAACUACAACUGGUACCAGCAACAAUAUGGCGGUUGGGGACAGAAUUCCUGGGGGCAGUACAACCAAUAUGCCCAGUAUAACCAGUACUACCCCCCUCCUCCUACAUGAUUGACAGAAAUGCUGACAUGAAGAUGGAGACUCAGAGGAAAUCAUUCUUUCUGACCUGCCUACAUCUCUGAACAGGACUUCUUAACAGGGUGUCAUGGAGAUUUCAAUUCAACCACUGACUACACAAGCUGAUUUGUUCCUUCUUUCCAAAUUAGAGUGUGCUUAUCAGUUAAAUUACAUUUUAUAGCUUUUGGUUGGAGUAUAAUAGACUUGGCCCCUCCAUGGCAGUCAUGUUGACCAGUCAUGUUGUUUAAAAAAAGUUUAAUUACCACAUUCAUCAUCUCCAACACUGGCUGCUUUUUGGGGUUGUUAAAUGCAUGUUAUUUGUAAAGGCAGUUACUUUUCCCUGUGUGACAAAAGCUUUUUUGAUUUUUAGAUCGGAUGACUUAGUUUGGUCUCUUUCUUUGUGUUUAAGAUUUAAACUUGUAAAGGAGGCAGUCACUGAUGUACCUCUGAGUCAUAUGUUUCCUCUUCCCAAACUGAAAGAUUUUUAAUAUUUCAUGGUUAUGUUUCCAUAAAAACAAAUGAAGAGUUCCUCAUUUUUUUAUUUUGACUUGAUUUCAUAAUAAACAGAUUGAUAUCCCGAA